UAACCCCCAGCUUCAAUUCCUGCACACACACCGUUGCUCACCGCCUCACUUCGCGCGGGCGACAGGAUCGGAGCACUGCACCGCCGCCGUCGUCAUGGCCGCGCCUCACGACGUGCACGGCGGCGUCGACUCGUUCGCGCAGCUACCGUUCAUCCGCGCGCCGGCGACGAGCAGCAGGGACGCCACCAUCCGCCUCUUCGGCCGCGACUUCUCCAACGAGCAGCAGGCGGCCGCGGCCCAGCUGCUGCUGCUGCGCAAGCAGCAGGAAGGCGACGCGGCCGGGGACGGCGGCGGCGUCGUCGCCGGCGAGGCGGCGGCGGGGGAGAGGAAGUUCGAGUGCCACUACUGCUGCCGCAACUUCCCGACGUCGCAGGCCCUGGGCGGGCACCAGAACGCGCACAAGCGGGAGCGGCAGCACGCGCGGAGGGCGCACCUCGAGGCCACCUUCGCCGCGCACUGCGGCGCCGCCUACCUGCCGGGGGCGCACCUCUACGGCGCCCUCUUCGGCUACGGCGCCGCUGGCGGCCACACCGCGCUGCCGCCGGCGCACUACCCGGCCGUGUGGGCAGGCGCCGUGCCGGGAAUGUAUGGUGGCGGCGUGGGGUCCGUGCCGCCGCGGCCGACCGUGUACGGCGGCAUGGCCGUGCCGCCGGGGAUGUGGAGGCCGCCGCCAGCUGGGAGUGGCGCUUUUGGCGGCGCGGCCGCCCGGCUUGAGGGGCCAGACCCCGUGGGGUACGCGGAGAUGGUUGGCAAGGACGACAAGGUGGCGAUGAGCGCGGUGACGUCACUGCCGGCGUUGCCGUCAUCGUGUUUGUCCGGUCAGUCGCCGGAGAUGAUUGGGAGACCUGAGUUGGGACACAAGGAUGGCGUCUUAAGCUUGGACCUCUGUUUGUAAUUCUCCUUCGAGUCGUUCUGCUUGUUUAGGUUGCUUCCCAUUUUCUUUUAUUUUCCUUUAUUUCCAUUUUAUUCUUCUCCUUGUCCUUUUUUGUUUGUUUCGAGAGAGGUUUUACGUAUGUUUCUUCAGCUAUAAAUUGCGACAGACUUUGAUUAGCACUGUCGAAUUAUCUGUACUUUUCUUUAGGAAAAACCUAGCGCGCUGGGUCGCGCUCGCGCGGAACGCGCGGCCUGCUGCGGCCUUUUGUACUGCGGCGGCUAAGUACUUUUCAUUUUCCUUUCCUCUUCUAAAAUGUGAUAACUUUCUUCUCAAAUGUCUGUUUUCGAUUCUA